AUGGGAAAGGUUAGGAGCAACAAACGUGUACGUGAUCAAGAGAUCCAAGAGGAAGAAGACGAAGAAGAACAGAAGGUUGAGAGGUUCUUUGCGUUGAUCAGAAGUUUCAGAGACGCCUGCGAUCGUAGAAGAUUGGAAAUUAACGAGUCGUCCUAUUCGCCUCCGGGGAAGAGGACGAAGCUGAUGGAUGUGCAGGAGAAGAAGUCGGGCUGGGUUCCCAAGUUCGAAAUGGUAGACUUCGAGGAAGAAAUCAAGUUUACGAGGCCUCUGAUACAGCUCCUACCUCCUCGUUACAAGCAAGAAGAGAAAAAAAAAGAAGACGGAGAAGUUAAUAUGGAACGAGAAAAGAGAAAGAGCCAAGUUAUCGAAGAAGACGAUGCUGAUGAAGAGGAGAAGAUGGAGAAAUUUUUUGAUUUGAUUAGAAGCUUUCGGAGCGUUCGUGAUCAGUUGCGACAAAAAGUGAACGGAUCCAAGAAGGAAAAGGAUAGAGAGAAAUCCAAAGAAGAAGAAUCGGUCUGGACUCCGUCGUUCCAAUGGGAAGAUUUCGCGGAGGAUUUCCAAUUGAAGAGCCCUUUGUCAGUGUUUCAGGGGCCCUCUUCCAGCUGCGAAGAACAGAGUAAUAAACCAAAAGAUAAAAAAGCUGACGACGACGACGACUUAGAUCUCAAGCUCUCCUUAUGA